AAGUGUUGAUGACUCAUCAGAACCUUCCACUAGCACGAAAGGCAUUAGACACACACAAAGUUGGUUGGCCACAAACAACGACUCAGCCUCCCCCAAAACAAACUUGACCUGGUCAAAGGAGAGAGAGUGCUAUAAACCGCCGAUCAGCCAUUGCCGAUCAUCGAUCCUAUUCUCUCGUCAGAUCUCUAACAACUCCGAUUUUCACUGAUUUCGAAUUUUUUCAGAAACUUGUUCUCCCAUGUUGGCUACCAUAAAUCUCGUCCAAAACCAUUUUAAACUGAACCCGAAUUAGGUUUAAUCACUUGAUUGAUAAUCGAUUAAUCUUGCUUGAUUAUUGUUGACUCUAUUACAAGUUAAAUCACUGUUUUUCAUUACUUUAUUGCAGCAAUCAGGCUAUUAAUUGGCUGGUGAAUGGAGCAACUCGUAAACUUCAUCAUUCGACCACCUAGAGCUGAAUAUAACGCUGAGCAUGACCUUUUGGAUCAAGAGUUCAUGCUAAAAGGGAAAUGGUACCAAAGAAAGGACAUUGAGAUUAAGAACAACCGAGGGGAUGCUCUUCAGUGUAGUCAUUACAGCCCCCUUGUGAGUCCUGUAGGGAAGCUCCUACCUUGUGUAAUAUACUGCCAUGGUAACAGUGGGUGCAGGGCAGAUGCAAGCGAAGCUGCUAUAAUUUUGCUGCCUCUGAACAUUACAGUUUUUACCUUGGACUUCUCAGGAUCUGGACUCUCUGGAGGAGAGCAUGUUACCUUAGGAUGGAAUGAGAAAGAUGACCUCAAGGCUGUUGUGGAUUAUCUACGGUCAGAUGGAAAUGUGUCUAUGAUUGGCUUGUGGGGUCGCUCAAUGGGUGCUGUUACGAGCUUAAUGUAUGGAGCUGAAGAUCCAUCGAUUGCUGGAAUGGUCCUUGAUAGUCCCUUCUCAGAUUUAGUAGACUUGAUGAUGGAGCUUGUGGAUACUUAUAAAGUUCGGCUUCCAAAAUUUACUGUAAAAUUUGCCAUCCAAUACAUGCGAAGGGCAAUCAUGAAGAAAGCUAAAUUUGACAUAAUGGAUCUGAACACCAUUAAGGUAGCGAAGUCUUGCUUUGUUCCAGUAUUAUUUGGCCAUGCAAUUGAUGAUGAUUUCAUACAACCUCAUCACUCAGAACGUAUAUAUGAUGUGUAUGUGGGAGACAAGAAUAUUAUCAAAUUUGAGGGUGACCACAACUCUCCGCGGCCUCAGUUCUACUUCGAUUCAAUAAGUAUAUUCUUUAAUAAUGUUUUACAACCUCCUGAGGAUGAUGCUCCAGUAAGGUUAUUUGACCCAGUGCAUGAAUACAUUGAUAAGGCUACUUGGAAUGCAUUGCAUGGUGUAGGAUACACAGGCAACAAUUCUUCAGGUGGAUCCAGAGAUCCUUCCAGUAAUGGCACUGGAGAUGCUAUUGAGCAGUUGCGUUCCAAACGACCCAUGAGCAGAAUGGAGGUGCCCCCAACAAUGACUGAAGGAGAUGAACAACCUGUAACGAAGGGAGAGGCCAUAGGAACUGAGUCACCUUCCUCAAGUUCUGGGAUGAUUAGCUUUGAAAUAGCCAACGGUCAACCCUAUGGUCCCCAUGUUCCAAUUGCCAUUGACGAUGAUCAGUAUGUAGAAUACUCUCUCGACAACAUGACAGAAUUUCCCCGUAAUUUGGAGGAAGAAGAGCGGAUGGUCAUGGAAGCCAUAGUCGAGUCUUUGAAAGACAUGGGUACGAGGCAAUCACCUGAAGAAUUAACGCCCUGCACAAACUCCAAUGUUGUAGAAUCCAGCCAAGAAAAUCAUACGCCAAUUGCACCCACAGAUAAAGAAAGUUGUGAAUCAUCGAAAACGGACUCAACUUCCCUUUCAUCAACAAAUAGCGAUGCUCUAGCAUCUCAGUCAUCUGCCUAUAAUACUGAUACACCUUCUGAACAUCAAUCAGUUCAAUCAGACAAAUCUUCCCCGAAACGCGAUACAAAUACUGUUACACCUGCCCAAACAAUGGAAUCCUCUAGCAAUGAUUCCGGUGAUGGUACAAAAGCCACAUUGACUGUUGAAAAAAAUUCAUCAGCUGGUAAUAUUAUGGAUGGAUUCUUUCGUCGUUGGGAUCGAGGUUUUUUUAAAAGCUCGCGAUGAACGUAGCUUAGUUGCAGCUUUUGAUCGAAUCUUUGUGAGAAAGCGCUGAACAUAUUAACGAAAAAGAGAUUCCUAUUUUUUUUCUUGCUGUAGUUUCUUACGCUGUAGAUCGUUCCUCUAAGCUGAAAAGAAGAGGUGACUGGAUAGGUGUGAAUAUUUGGUUCCCAUAUUGAAGACACUGGUAAUUCUUUUAUGUGCAUAAAAUUUCCAGCUUAACUGUAAUUCUCCCUUGAUUUUCUCAUCAUUUAUACUUAGUUAUCUUUCUAAUAAUAUCGAUUAUUUACUUCAUCUACAAGUAGAUAUCCAUACCCAAGAUGAUCAAUACCGUCAUUUACCAAUGUUUUAUUACUAUCUUUGCAGAUAAGAUCUUAUUAUGUAAAGUAGCAGUUUUUUCUCAUAAGAGGGUAUCCCAAUAUUAAGAAAUCGCUUCCAUUUUGACUCAAAUAGAUAUUCAAACAAUGGUUACUAGAAGUUUGGUAACAAAAGAUGACUUCAACAACAUUGACCAUGCUUUGUUUUUGCAUCCAUACCGAACGUGCUUUUGAAGAUAGCUAAUAUGAUAAAAUGACCUAGUCGUCUUGUAUGAGAAUGUGUCACGGUGAGACGAUUUUAAAACAAGAAACCAUAAGCUAAAAGUUUUUAUUGUUGGACUAUUUAACCCAAAUAUGAGGCAUGUUUCACGGUGAGACCAUUUCAUACAAGAUUUGUAUAAAACAACGAAAUAUCAAGUCUGAAAUUUUAU